AUGGCCGUCGCAACCCCCAGACAACCAUUCGUCUGUCUACGCCGCCUCCCCAAAACCAACCGCUGCACGUACUCGACCACAACAGCAACACGAACACCACCACCACCACCACCACCCACGCCUCCACCCUCGGGCGCCGCAAAACUAUCCACUCGCCGCCUAAUCUCCCUCCACGGACCCGACGCUCCGAAAUUUCUGCAGGGCAUCUUGACCAACAAUGUCAAUGCCACCUCCUACUCGCCCUUUUUCGCUGCUUUCCUGACCGCGCAAGGGAAAGUGCUGCACGAUGUAUUUGUGUAUCCGACUUUAGGUUCUACCUUUCACACUGAGAGCAACAAAAGCGAGGAUCAAGGAUACCUGGUUGAAGUUGAUGCGGAGCAAGUGACAACACUGCUCAGGCAUCUAAAACGACAUAAACUACGUUCGAAAUUCGCACUGAGAGUGUUGGAAGAGGGCGAAUUGGACAUCUGGGCUGCAUGGCGCGAAGGCCAAAAGUGGACCUCCCAUCCCUCGCCCACCGGCUCAAACAUCGAUGCCGAGGGCAACAUCACCGCCGUAGACACACGCGCAACAGGAAUGGGACAACGGAUUCUGUUACCGUCUACAAAAUCCCUGGAAGCACAUGCUGCAAUGCAAGGAUUGCAAGAGUCUGGACUGGAAGCCUAUACCAUACGACGGUAUAUACGCGGUGUACCCGAAGGCCAAGCCGAAAUCCCUCGCGAUGAUGUGCUGCCCAUGAAUGCAAAUUUCGACAUCAUGGGCGGUAUAGAUUUCAAAAAGGGAUGUUAUGUCGGUCAAGAACUUACGAUUCGGACUCAUCAUACCGGUGUCGUGAGGAGACGUGUUUUGCCUGUGUCUCUCUACCCUGCUAUCUCUGCGCCACCAGAGAAAAUUGCUUAUGAUACAGAGGCAGGGGUGGUUUCGCCAGCAGCUGGGACGGAAAUCAAGAUACAGGGAAAGAGAGGUAAACCUGGCAGAUGGAUCAGUGGAGUGGGAAAUGUGGGGUUGGCCAUGUGUAGAUUGGAAUUGAUGACGGAUUUGCAGGUCACGGGUGAGCCCAGUACGUUCAGUGCCGAGGAUAGAUUUGUUGUUGGUGGUGGUGAAGAGGAAGGUCUGGGAGUCAAGGCUUUCGUGCCCGAUUGGAUGAGAAGUAAGAUCCGGGCGCCCAAGUUGCAGAGGAGAGUUGAGUAG